GAAGAUGUGCAUGUCUGGAUAUGUAUGGAUGUAUGUGCAGAUGUCAAGACGGGCAGGUGUAAAGAUGUGCAGGUGUGAACUUGUGCUGGUUCGGAAUGUUCAACUUGUGGUUCUGUGCGGAUGUAAGUUGUUGUUGUCUAUGGUGCACCUGUUCUUUCAAAAACAUCUUUCGCUCAGGCGCUCUCGGGAAAAAAGGGUGGGGUAAAAAUAGGGUUGGUUUGGAUGGUUUUAAACCGGGGUUCUGUUUCUCGUUGGUCACCGCAAAGGCACAAAGAGGUUGAACAUGCAACUCCUCACCAAAUCCUGACUUAUUGCACUGCGCAAAUGCAGCCAAUCAAGGUGAAGGCCCUUCUACUCAAACAAUAUUGGAAUGGAACAAAGCAAUGUUGAAAGGCAUUUCAAUAUCAGUCGUUUUGUCAUUUCACUCUAGUUUGUUCUCAUGUCUAUUUCAUUUCUUCAGUCUGCAAGGGUGCUGUUAAAUGGAUGGUACAGUUAGUUGAUUGCGCCCUCGCUAUGAGCUGAGACACCUUGUGCUUUGAGCAGGUUUGUGCAAUCUUGUCGCUGGUGUGGUGGAGAUCAUGCAGGGAAUGCCCUCUCAGGGAGUUUGGCACGUGCUGCGUUCGUGGUUCUGGCUGCGCAACCUGGAGUGUGAGGCCUUGAAGUUUGAGGGCCACGAGCGUGGCUGCGUGCGCUCUACUGCUCUGCUGGCCUUGGGAAUCUUCAAUCUGUUUGUCUCCAUGCUACCACCAACCGCCGUGAAGGCCGCUGGUUGGGCAACAGGCUUCUCCGGUGGUCGCGAUGUGGCGCUAUCGCAACUGCGCGAAUGCUGGGAAGAAGGUGGAAUCCAGGCACCCUUUGCAGGAAUGGUGCUGAUUGGCUUCGGUGUGGAUGUCAGUAGCUUCUUAGGCGAGCUCCGUGCUGAACGCGACCAACGACAUUUGAUGGCCAGGGAGAUCCUGGACUGGGCGAACCGAGAAUAUCCAGAGGCUUUCUUUUUCGCUGGCCUGGAAGCUGGCUAUUUGGCUGCUGUGAGAGAUCUGGAAGGUGCUGUGGCCAAGCUCGAUCAGAUCAAAGCAUCUGUGGAGAACUUGCCGGCAUUUCUCUUCCUGGUGAACGUUAGGCGUGCCACGUUUCUCCUCGCGCUUUUUCAGUGGCGUGAAGCAGGGGAUGCCUUUUCGGAUGCAGUGAAGGUCUACCAGGGUGUUGGAAGGCGCGCACUUUGCCCUUCUUUGUCAUUGAACUCUCACCUUUGCUACAGCCGUGCAGGUUGUGAGGAGCGUGCAGCCGAGAUGUUGGAGACAUGCCGCUCCUACAACAAGGAAAAGAAAAAGUGGUCGCCUUUGGAUCGCGCGUCGCUGCGCCAAGCAGAGGCUGCUUAUCGUGCUCAGUGUCAGGCAGCUAGGGCCGAAGAUGCAGAAGAAGGGGCCAUGGAAGGGGACGCACAGGACGUGAACCAGGAGGCUUCAGCUAUGGAAAGUACUUGGCGACCAACCAUGAUGUUGUACCUGAAGAUUUGCCUGGUCUACCGUGGGGUGAACUUCAUGCGACCCGAGGCGGCGAAGGAGUUCCUUCGGAUGGUGCAGGAAGAAACUGAUUUGCAAAAGGAUGCAGACGGAAGAUGUGUGGGUCUUUGCAUUCAAGCAGAGGCAAUGCGACAAGGAGAACAUUGGGAGGAGGCUUUAAAGCUGGCCGAUGAUGGUUGCGCGUUGCAACCGGAAUUGAGCACGGCUGGCAUUAAGACGGGGUGCCUGCACUUUUGCUACCUUGUCCUGGCCUACGCGCACUUUGCCCAGGGCCGCCCUCAUGCAGCACAGGAGGCCCUGGCCAAGCUUUCUUCAAUUGGUGUCAGCGACCACUUCUUCCAGAAGCAGGUGGAAUUCAAGGCCACGCACCUGCGGCGGCUCGUUGGUGCCGAGUUCGAAGAGUGUUAUCGAGAGAUUUCAGUCGCAGCUAGAAGUCAAACAAAACUGGUGGUGGAGCUGCCUAAAGGCACUUCUGCCCAGUGGGAUUUCAUCCUGUCCUCAUACUCGAUUGAUUUUGCAGCAAUUUUCAUUCCUGAAUCAGGUGAAGAGGAAGAGCUCCUACGCGUAGAGCAACAUGAGGCUGAAGCAGGGCCUUGUGAGGGCUCCGCCGGACCAUUUGCGAGUGCCGGACGAGUAGAGCUGGUAUUUUCCAACAGCUUCAGCAUCCUGAGGGGGAAGAGUCUUCAGUGCCGUGUGCAGCCGAACAGUUUGGUGGUCCACGAGGAAAAGUAAGUCGUGCCACAACUAUUUUCUCGCCAUGCGGUUGCAUUUGAUCCACUUCAGCCAUGGCGCAAAAAAGAACGUAUCUUCUGUUUAGUCAUAGUGCUAUGCUGGUCCGACGACAGAGGCUUCCUUGAUCCAUGUGGCGUGCUACAAGAUGCUCCAGUGAAGUGGCUCUUGUGUAUUUCGUCAAGACCUUGACAGACAAUGGUAGGCAACGAUCCACAAGUGGUUUUUCUGUGGGUUGCUGGUCCUCUGUCAAAGCAGAUGGGUUAUUGAGGCACGAAGGGCAACUAUUUUACUUCACCCGGCCUCCAGCAAGUGUCACUGUCUGCACAGUCGUAGCUGGGGCAGCUCUCUCCAUGGUGGCCUCGGUGGAUUGUUUCUGCAAUUGAUUAUUGAUUUGUAUAGCCAAGUUGGAUGACCCCCUGUCGCGGAUGCCUCGGGCCAGAGGCCCUUUUCGCGGGGAUGUGUGGCGGGUCCGCGCACGCAAACCGUACUUCCCGCCAGCGCAGGAGGCGCGCGUGCGCGACCCGGGC